CCUCUGCGUCCACAGCUUCCACGCUUCUACUUCGCUUCGUGGAUCUCUCUCUCUCUCUCUCGCAAAGGAACGAUGCAGGCAACGUGGAGGCGCUCCUCUCGGGGUCUAUUGGAGCAAUCGCUCGCUCUCGCUUCGCUCAGAUCGAUCUACCCACUCUCCUCUAGUGAGUGUGGAGUCGAUCACCCUCGCUAUGUGUCGACCAUUUCGGUCAAGGGAACGGGGCAUAUCCUACGAAAGGGCACGGGUGGAAGAUCAUCUGUGAGUGGAAUCGUUGCAACUGUUUUUGGAGCUACAGGUUUUCUUGGUCGUUAUGUUGUCCAACAGCUUGCUAAAAUGGGUACUCAAGUACUUGUUCCUUUUCGAGGAUCUGAGGAUUCUCACCGACACCUCAAAUUGAUGGGUGAUCUGGGUCAGAUUGUUCCUAUGAAAUAUAAUCCAAGGGAUGAAAAUUCAAUUAAAGCUGUAAUGGCCAAGUCAAAUGUGGUGUUAAACCUCAUUGGGAAGGAAUAUGAAACAAGAAACUACAGCUUUGAAGAAGUGAACCGUGACAUGGCUGAGCAACUUGCAGUGAUUGCUAAAGAACAUGGCGGUAUCAUGAGAUUUAUUCAAGUAUCUUGCUUAGGGGCAUCUUCCUCAUCUCCUUCGAGAAUGUUGAGGGCAAAGGCUGAAGCAGAGGAAGCUGUACUAAUGGAGUUUCCUGAGGCCACGGUUAUGAAGCCCGGAGUUAUGAUUGGUACAGAAGAUCGGAUUUUGAAUAGAUGGGCACGCUUUGCAAAGAAAUGGAGCUUCCUCCCGCUCAUGGGGGAUGGUUCUACAAAGAUUCAACCAGUUUAUGUAGUAGAUGUUGCUGCUGCCGUUAUAGCUGCCUUAAAAGAUGAUGGUACAAGCAUGGGGAAGGUAUAUGAGCUUGGUGGACCUGAGGUUUUCACUGUGCAUCAACUGGCUGAAUUAAUGUUUGACGUGAUACGAGAAUGGCCACGAUAUGUGAAGGUUCCUUUCCCUAUUGCAAGGGCAAUUGCAUCUCCUAGAGAGCUCCUUUUGAAGAAAGUACCAUUUCCUUUGCCAAAUCCAGAAAUAUUCAACCUGGAUCAGAUUAAUGCACUCACCGUAGAUACUGUAGUGUCUGAAAAUGCUCUAACAUUUAGCGAUCUGGGUAUUGUGCCGCACAAGCUGAAGGGCUACCCAGUGGAGUUCCUUACCUGCUACAGAAAAGGUGGGCCGGCUUUCGGCUCUACAAUCAGUGAAAGAAUACCCACCGAGUUCUGAAAAUUCAGCACGAAGAUCUCAGAUCUCUCUUACAAUCUUUUAGUUGCAUAUAUUGUUUUCUUUCCUUAACUGUUGCGGAAAUCACUGCUGCUUGGAGAAAUUCCUCGAGUUCAAGCAGAGCUUGACUGCCCUUUCAAUACCCCAUUUUCUGAAAGACCCCUUUAUUUCUUGAAUAAGUGAGGAGAAUUGUAUGGAUUAAGUUAUCAUUUGGUGGUACAAGCGGUGAGAAGGAAAUAUGUAAUUUGCUACAGUCCUUUGCUAAAUUUUUACUGUUUAACUCGUUUCCCCUUUUUCAUAAAAUUUGUACUGUCAUUAUACAGGAGGUUUGACAGAGUGCUCUCUUCCACCGACACAUUUCAGUUGCUUGUGUUGGUAUUUACAUUUUUUGGAAUGCCUUACGGUAAUCGGCUAUUACCUAUCAUCCUGAUGGCAUUUUCCUUGUCUUAUGGUACUGUUUCACUUAAAUAAAAGUAUUCAUUGGAUUGGUCGCA